AUGACCCGUUACAUUAGUCACUCGAACAACCUGAAGCUCAUCAUGGUUCUCCUGCGCGACCGGUCCCGCAACGUGCAGUAUGAGGCCUUCCAUGUCUUCAAGGUCUUCGUGGCCAAUCCCAACAAGGCCCCGGAGAUCCUGGGUCUGCUGACCAAGAACCGCCGGCAGAUCUUGACCUUCCUGUCCACCUUCCAGGAGGAGCGCACCCGUAAUGACAAUCAGUUUGCCGAGGAGAAGAACUUCCUCAUCCGCCAGAUCGAGAAACUGCCUGUCGACGAGUGA